GCAAACAGAUGAAUGUUAUGGAUGUUCUUUCAAGAGUUCAGGUGUUGAACAGUCUUAUAGCCUGUGGGAUGAAACACAUUUCUGGAAUUGUUUAUAUCUAACACUGUCGCAUUUGUCUAUGUUGCGUUCAGGUGCAAAGCUGGAUGAUUUUGCCGACUUCACGACGUUCGGCAUCGCCACCUCUCUACUGCUGAGGACCACAGACCUGAUGGACAACAUCCUGUGUGUCUGCUACGUGCUUUCAGUGUUCGUCCGCCUCUGUUUCUACACCAGUGGAGUCCCCUUCAUGUACCGUGGUCUCCCCUGCAUCUACUCCUCUGGGAUCCUGGCCAGCGCCUCCCUGCUGUCGGGGGGGAACCUCCCGAUGCUGCGCAUCAUCGCUGUGGCCAUGAUCCUCUUCAUGAUCAGCCAGAGCUUCUACCCUCACGACCGCGUGCUCGAGUCCCAGGCCUGGAAGAAGGCAGUGUACGCUGGAGGAGUCGCCAUGGUGUUCUGCUCUUCCUUCCCCCCCGCAUGUGUGUACUACCUGUUGUGGUCAGUCUCCUACAUUUUGUUUCCAACAUCCCUCUGGAGCAACAAGGUGUAAAACGGGUCUGGCUUUGUCCACAAAAAAAAAAAAAACCCGAAUUCUGUAGGUUACCCUCGGGCCGUCCGGGUGAAGACGAGGACGAAGAGGAGCUACACGCCUGCUGCUAAACACAGGAUAAAAGAAGAAAUUAUUUCAAACGCACACAUUUAUAAUGUCUGCCUCUAAUUUGGUUUAUAAAAUGUUUAAUUGUGAAAUGACGCAGGACUAUGAUCUUGUGUUAAUGAGUAACUGUUCCAGUGCUACGGUAUGUAGGUCAGGCCUUUUUAUUAUGAAUAUAAAUCCGAUUCCUUUUCCUGGUUUAUCUUUAACAGACAGCACUACGACUAGUAGGGACGCAACUCUAUCUAUAUAUCCAUUUAUCUGCCGGUUAUUUUCUCCAGGUCGGGCUUUAAAAUGUCCUGAAAUCAGUCCUUAAGACAAAAGAUAUCACUUUAAAUACAAUAAAUCAGACAAGCUUCAUAUCUGAGAGGCUGGAAGCAGCUUCUUUAGACGUCUUUUCAUGCAAACAGUUACACGAUUAAAAUAUCUGGCUAUUGUUUUCUGUGGAUGGCAUAAUGCGGUCUAAUGAGCAGUCCUGCGUUCACGGACUGUCUUUGAAUGCAUCAGGGUUUGAGGUGUCAUAGCAUUCAGGUCAGGAUGUUUGUCUCCUUUUUAAAAAAGAUCCACCUUUCCCAGUUGGUGCACUGGUUUCAAAUCCAGUGACUGAAAACACGUGUCUCGUUAUUAGAGUUAGCAGGUUUUACUUUAUUUUUAAUUGAAAAUCCACUGACUUCUUCUUUAUGGUUUUUAUCAAGUUGUGGCUCUGUCCAAGAAAUAAUGUUUAGAUUUAGUUUGGUCUUUGCGUGCCUCUGUUUUAGGAGGCGUUGCAGUUUAAAGGCGACUCCACACUGGACUCUAAACCCUUGAAGCAGCCGCAGCAUUCGGCCGGCUCUCCAGUGUGGAUUUGUUAUUAAAGAGCGACGACACGCAGCUGUAAAUCGCGCAGAGCGUCAGCGUGUCGUCGCUCUUUAACUCGGCCAGUAUUCAGUCUGAGGGACUUGUUUUGUAGACUGCGUUUCACCGUGUGUGUGUUUGUGCCGCUCUAAAUCCUGUGUGACACGUGUGGAGAUCACACCGUAUACCCACGACUGUAUUUAAAGCUUUUAAUCAAGGGGUGGAUCACCGUUUAAAGAGGCCCUAUAUUCUGCUUUUUGAGGGGGGGCUUCCUGUAGUUUCUCUCCUACACACUUCCAGAGCAUAGUGACAUCACUAUAGCGCUCCGACACAUUGAUAGGCUGAGGGCGCGGGACAUCUCUAAGCUGGUUGACCAAUCACAACAAAGCCAGCCAGCUAACCAAUCAGAGCGGACUGGGCUCUGGCUUUUUUUCUGAAAAUGUUAGAAUUUUUUUGUUAUUUUUUUCAGGAAAUCUCAAAAUGUGACGUUGUUAAAAUCCUAAAGUAUAACUUUUUCCUCCAACACAUUGUACGUGCUAGGGUUAGGGGGCGGGACAUCUCUAAGUGGUUGAUGAAUCACAACCCAGCUCUGGUUUCAGACGGGGUGAGAACAGGCAGUAUGAGAAACAUACAUUGAGCAUUAAAGCACGGAGACACUAAUAUCAACCCUUUAAAGGAACAGAAUUGGGCCUCUUUAAGUUCACUGAUUUGAAAGCAACAUCAGAACAAGACGAGCUCAUUUUAAACUCAAUGAGCUGGAGUUUUUCUGAUGUGAAGAACACGCCUCCUCUGGUUCUGAUGUUGCCGUGGUUCCUGUCUAACUUUUAGUACCCGGAGAGGCGUUCAAAGACACGUUCCUCUCCGGGACAUUCAGCUUUCCUGUGUGGGUGUUUUGGUUUCAGACUGUGAGGUGUUUGCAUGCUGAGCGCUGCACACGUUCAGCAACUCUACUUUGCCCCAUCAUGAUGAAAAAAAAAAAGGUCUUUAUGAAAAAUGAAAUCUGUGCUUUUACUUUCACUGUCUGUACAUUUUUUUGACAAUAAAGAGGAAAUGAAAUGAC